AUGCCUGUCUACAAUGUGGAGCAAGCCUAUUGUCUUAUAAAUAGUAUCUGCAAAAUUUCAUGGCAUGAUUUUGUAAAGAGAAUCACUGGUUCUUUUUCCGAUUAUAUCGCUCGCAAGGCAGACCACCAAAGGGGACGUGCGACCCCGAGCUUCGCCCCAGAGAGGAGCGACAGCGCGCCCCUCCCCCAGGGCCCACGACAAGCCCGUGCAACACCCCCAAGGGGGCUGGGACAGCAUGGGGCCCUCCCCUUCGCGAGAGGGAGUAGGGCUCGGAGCCCUCCCCCGUGCCCAGCUGCCCCGGCAAUAGCGCCCAGUGGUGGCGGAACGCGGGGAUGCCCGGACUACGACGUCCAAGCGCCGAGCGCCGCUGGGCCGGGCUGGACGUGGAGCCGCGGGGGGCCGACUCCGGCCUCCGCCCCGAAAGGCCGCUCACACAAUGGGGAGGCGGGAACGCGAGCGAGGCAGCUCCAUGGUCUUGGUAGUGGCGGGCUGCGCAGGACACCGGAGCGGUCUGCACCUACUGACCUGUCAACCGAGGAGGAUGAAGAUCCCAGGCGGGCAGGCGGGCGGGAGCAAGCAAAGGAUCCGAGAGAGAAAGAGAGAGGCAGCUGUAGAGCUCCUGGCCCCGGGACUCGAGCUGCUGCUCAUACAAAGCGAGGAGGCGGCAGCGCCUGCAGCCAGGUGUCCCCCGCGGCCCGGGCCGAGCCCGCGCCCUGCUCUGCCCCCCCCCCCCUUUCGUCCCGCUGGAGGGAACCCCCCGACGGUAUUUUUUUGUGCAGUUUCAGCAAAGCUCCGAGGAAGUUGGUCCUUUUGUUCCACUAUUUAUAGAUUGCGUCAACAUUGCGAAAAGGAGAAGGCGGAGCAGUGGCCCCUCCCCCUCUCCUCUCCCCUUCUCUGCUCCUAGGAAAGAAAAGCCCCAGCACACGACCUAAGUACACAACAGGACAGCCCCCCCCCCUCCUCUUCCCCCUCGCCUCCUCCUCCUCCCACUCCUGCAGCCCCGGGAGCAAUCCGGCCAAACCCCGUCACGUGCCUGCCAGGGAAAACCAGCUUGCCAGAGCCCAAGUGCUCCCGCGCCGCCUGCCAUCAGCGGUAGCAGCCGCAAAGAGAAACUGCCUCCCACCCCUCCCUUCCCCUGAACCCUCUCCCUACACUACUCCUUAAUACCCAAACGUACCCCCAGUUUCCCGCUUCCACUGCGUCUUAGCAAAGGAGUUCGGUUCCCUGUUGGGUUGGCACCUUGCUUACGUCUAUUUGUGCGUUCCCUUGUGUCCGUGUUUCUACCCCUCCUGAGAAACAUCGUCGACACCCCUGGGUAUAUUCAUGCUCAUGCAUUUAGAUAUGACUUAAACUGGUGCAUUGCAUGUGUGUGAAUUUGCAUGUUUCAAAUCCUCCAGGUUCUUAUACUCUUGACCGAAAGUCUAAGCAAAGCGAGAUAAAAAGACCCUAGCUGCGCUUGAGUCUUGAUCAUGACCCGCCUGCACAGUCUCAGGAGAUAGUGGUCACAAAUAAGGCAUCAGUUCAGGCAUUAAAAAGGCGCGGGGAAAGAUUCCUCAUCUUUACAGGUGCUGUGACAAUUUGUCAUAGUUUACUUCCAUCUUCUAGGUACCGCUAAGGAAUUGAAACGCCUGUUGCUGGAAGGUGUUUGAAGCCGACAGGUGUUGAGUGAGUUAGUUUUUGAAGAGUUAAUGGCAUAGACUUUUAAGAAAUAUAUUUAUUAUCUAUUAAUAUCUAUUUAUACCCGAUCACGAAAUUAUAGAUUUCACCAUGCCCCAAAAUGAAACUGAGCACUUCUUUGGCUUAAAGCCAUAGUCUGAACUCAGUGUAAAUAAGGAAUAUUACAAACACAGGAGGAGGCCUUACAGUGGAACUUAGUAAAAUUACCUUUUUUUUCAAAGUGUUAUUUACGAUCCCAGUUUCCAAAGUUCCCCUACGAAUUUACUUAUUUUUAUAUUGCAUUUCAACUCGUCAGUUGUAUUAAGAUAAUUUCAUAGGCUAAAUCCCGAUAGAAGGCAGAGAUGAGUUGGACACACAAAGAGGGUCAGGAAACACAUCAGAGCUUUUUUUUUUUUUUGGUGGGGUGGGGGUGGGGAGCAGCUGGACAACACGGUAAACAACUUAUUGGAAAGGGUCUGUAAUUUUUUUAAAGGGGAGUUUUUGGAAGUUAUCAACUUUUCCUUACCCAAGUGUAAAGGAGGCAAAGAGGGGUUUGGCCAAAAUCUCUUCUGUUGAGGAAAGAGCACAGUACUCUUUAUGUCCCGAACGUUCUGGGCAGUAAAGCGAUACAACCAGGCAAGCCAGAAGAUGGGACUUGUCCGAACCUGUAGAGUGCUCUUCACGUUCCAGACUCAGGUCACUGAGAAGUUGCUAUUGUGUUGUGUUACUUUUGUUAGAUAUUUGUGGAACUUUUCCAACUGUGUGAAAUUUAAAGGAGGAAAAUCCUAAAAGUUAGGUCAAACAACUUAUCCAAUGUUUCUUUUCUUUUUCUUUUUUUUUGAGCGGUAUGUGAUUAAAAGGGGGGGAAAGUGAGAUUAUGUGUACUUUACACUGAGAUUUCAAAGCCAGGCUCAGUGGAACCUGUUGCAAAUGAGUAAAAAAUUUGAAUAGAGUUUUAA